UAUAUUUUUUUUAUCACCUGUUUGUUUUCGAGUUUCAGGAGGCUCCCAAGGUCGACCAUGGCCCGUGGAAUAAUCGUGACCAGCUGAUAUAAUACAACAAUGAAUAAUCUACUGUGAUGCUGUAUCAGUAAUGCUGCGUCAGCCUUUUACCUGAUACUGCUCCUCCUACACUCACUCUGCGAUGGCCACACUGUCCUCUUUAUCCCUCAGUACCCUCACCUCAAGGAAUAUACAACCCCUUCUGCAGACUCGCCACUUGUUGAGAGCUUACACCAGACCUGAAGCUGUGGCGCCACGGAAAGUAUCACGAUUAGAGACUCUCAGGUCCCGUGAGCCUCUUCCAUUUUCUGCAUUCCUGACAGACUCCUUUGGUCGAGAACAUUCAUACCUUAGGAUUUCUCUCACUGAAAAAUGCAAUCUCAGAUGCCAGUACUGUAUGCCAGAAGAAGGAGUGAGUCUGACACCAAGAGAACAUCUUCUUACCUCAGAAGAAAUUAUACGAAUAGCAAGUUUAUUUAUAUCAGAAGGUGUGGACAAGGUCAGGUUGACUGGAGGUGAACCUAUGGUCAGGAGGGACUUGGCAUACAUAAUUGAGUCAUUGUCUAAUCUUGGCAUCAAGCAAUUAGGCAUAACAACAAAUGGGCUGUUAUUGAAAAGACGUUUGGCAGAACUUCAGAGUGCAGGACUUACACAUCUGAAUGUGUCUCUAGAUACCCUCAUACCUCAGAAGUUUGAACUUAUAACACGACGUCGUGGAUGGGAAAGGGUAAUGGAUGGGAUCAAUGUUGCCCUUGACUUAGGGUACUCCCCAGUAAAGAUUAAUUGUUUAUAAAUAUGAGGGAAAAAUGAGGAAGAAUUAACUGAUUUUGUAGAACUUACCCGGCAUAAAGACAUUGAUGUGCGCUACAUAGAGUACAUGCCAUUUGAUGGAAACAAGUGGAUGGACAAGAAGAUGGUGAGUUACUCGGAGAUGUUGAAGAAGAUUACCCAGGUUUACCCUGGUCUUAUGAAGGUGUCUGACAAGUCAAAUGAUACAUCCAAGGCAUAUAAAGUUCCUGGCUUUGUGGGACAAAUUGGCUUCAUUACUUCCAUGUCAGAAAACUUUUGUGGUUCCUGUAACAGAGUGCGGUUGACAGCUGAUGGUAAUCUUAAAGUCUGCCUUUUUGGGUCAUCUGAGGUAUCACUAAGGGAUGUUAUGCGUGAUGGAUGUACUGAUGAAGAACUGCUGGAUGUUAUUGGAGUUGCUGUUGGUAGAAAAAAGAGGCAACAUGCAGGUAUGCAAAAUCUGGCUAAGCUGAAGAAUCGACCUAUGAUUCUAAUUGGUCUAGGAUUGUACUCAAAUGCAGUACAGUCUUCUUGGUACAUCUCAAAUCUUGCAGUACCAAGACCUCUUCAAGUUUUCUCCAUUCACACCACUACAGCAACACUUAAAGAAUCGGCCCCAAAACUUCCAACAUAUCACAAAAGCAAAUUUUCCUGUAAGAGACAUGGGAAAUAUUGUGAAAAAAAUAAUUCUAUACAUCAAGAUGUAUCCCAGGAUUUCAACCAAAAGGAUGAAAACACUUCAUGCAAAAGUUCCUCUUUUGAGGACAGAGGUGUUGUGGAUCACAAUAAUGUUUUUUGGGAAAACUUUGGAGAAUAUUCUCAGGAGAGAGAAAUUAAAGAUGUUAAUAUACAGUAUAAAAAUAUUUCAAUAGAUAAAAAGUCUUGUAGUUCACAUGCUCAAAUAAACCCCAGUGAAUUUCUAGGUGCAAGCCAUUCAAGUAAGAAUGAAAAAGAUAAUUCUGUUAAUCUAAGUCAUGUAAAUGUAGCAGGUGAAGCUCAGAUGGUAGAUGUUAGUCAAAAGAAUGUUCGUCAGGCUGUGGCAAGAGCAGAGGUAUCCCUUGGUAGUAAGGCCUUUGGUUUAGUUAAGGAAAUAAUGAAGAAGGGUGAUGUCCUGGGGAUGGCUCAAGCUGGUAUCAUGGCAGCUAAAAGAACCUGGGAAUUAAUUCCAUUAUGUCACCCACUUCCACUUGAUCAUGUUGAAAUAUCGCUAGAGUUGCUGGAAGAAAUGGAAAGUGGACAGGAAUGUCACCUCAUUAUAAUUACAGCCAAAGUUGUUACUGCAGGACGGACAGUGAAGAUGGAAGCUUUGACUGCAGCUUCUGUGGCAGCCCUUACAGUGUAUGAUAUGUGUAAGGCUGUCACCCAUAAUAUUACAAUAUCAGAUAUAUGCCUUGUCUCCAAAACAGGUGGCAAGAGAAAUUUCACUAGGAUAGUAUCCUCGUGAACAAGAGCUAGAUAUUAUUUUGUAUUAUAUUGUUGUUAUUACUGAUAUUGUUUAUAAGUCUUCUGGAGUAUAUUCUUAUAUUUUGUACAGGUACACCACCAAUUAUCCUGGAACUGAUGGUCCGGCACCUCCUUUAGUCCGGACAAAAUUAUGAGGGGGCACUACUCCCUCCCUCCCUCCCAGCCUAGGCGAAGGUAGUUUUAGGCAUAAAGUUUUUACCUUAUAAAAUGUAGCUGACUAGACGUAUGAGAAUAUAACUUGCAUUGCUGGAAUCCUUGUAAGAUAGUGAAUAAUUUGAGUAUAAACAUCACAUAAUUUGCACAUGAGAUAACAAUUUUAGUUUAGUGUAGUACAUUUGAUGCGUACAAGUUUUUUAACUCAUAUUUUCGGGAAGGUAUAUUUAACUUUCUUCAUUUAUUUUUACUCAUUUACAUGCACACACCAUCCUAAAUAUAUAUUGUGAAAAAAGUAAAAGAAAUAAUUGUCCUAAGGGUAAACCUGUAAUAAGUUAAUUUAAUUUUUUUUUAUGUCUAGUGAAACUAUGGGAUGCUUAUAUACUCAAAUUAAUCACUAUCUUACAAGAAUUACAGUAAUGUGAGUUAUAUACAGCGGUCCCUCGAUUAACGAACGGUCCAAUACUUGAAAUUUCAGUUAACGAAUUAGCUCCCAUAAGGAUUUUUAGUUUGAUUAACGGACAAAACUUUGAUUAACGAAAGCCUUACGAGAAACACG